AGAAUCACUAGAUGUGCACGUUACGACUUCCUUACAUUUUAUAAUCAAUAUGUUUGCUAUUUAUGUGUGAUAUCAGCUUGACCAUAACAAUUGUUACUGUUUAUUAUACUUCGUGAAACCCUUGGGUUUGAUGUCUUAUAUAACCAUUCUACUUCUUGCAUGUCUAUCUUUUAAUUGUUACCGUACUCAAGACUAUUUACUGAUGACGGUAGUGAGACGCGGCGGAAGCGGUUUGAUUUCGUUUUAAAGAAGCGCCGACUCUCAUUGAAUGAGGCAGAAUUUAAAGCAGCGUUUUGUUUUUAGAAAUCGUUUUUAAAUACACGCACGUAUAAUUUGAAGGACAUACAUUUGCACGAAAGCUACGGUCCAACGGUAGGUGGCGAGCUGGCGCAGGUUGUGGGGUGCCCGUGGACAAUGAGAGAUAGUGGAGGCAGUCUGACACAGAACCUCUGGGCCAAUGAGCUGACCUUGCCUGGGGGCCAGGAGGGCAGUGGCGGUGGGGGGAUGGGAGGGGCUCAUCUCAUGGACCCAGCUGCUGCCCACCACGCCCCCAGCCCCAUCCACCUCAAACUAGGACAGCAAGAGAAGGAGAGGGUUUGGGAUGCAGAGUAUAUAGACCAGGAAGAAGAAUUGGAGGAGGAGGAGGAGGACUGUGAUGAUGAUGAUGAUUAUGAGGAGGGGGGAGAGGAUGAGGGAGAAGAGCAGCAGGAGGAGGACGAUGACGACGACGAAGGCGAAGAAGAUGAGUACGACGAUAGAGUCGGUUGGGAGGUAGGAGGAGAGGGGGACUGGGGGUUACUGCCGUUGCCACGUGAACUGCAUCAGCAGCAGCUACAGAUGCACCCUGGACACGAUGCCUUGGACUCUGCUGGCAGCCCCGCCCAUACACGGCUGAACGGGAUGCGGGGGCGGAGGCUGCAGCUGCGCCGGCGGAGACUGGGCCGCUACACCAGCCUGCGGUCCCGCCUGGCCCAGCACUGGAGGUCCUGGCGUCAGUGGGCCCAGUGCUCCACAGCCACCGGUGGGCUCGGGUGGGGGCAGAGGCGACGUCGACAGCUCGGGCUGUACCGCCGCUGGCAGAGCAGGACCCGGCCCACCCGGGGACCAGUGCAGAACGGGCAGACUGCUGUCCUGUUUGGGGAGUCGGGAUUGAUGGGCCGCAGAUUGAAUGGCUUUUCUGGCGAGAUUCAGAUUGGCCAUGUGGUCAGCAUGGCGGAAAUGAGGGGCCAGAGCUCACCUCCCGAAUCUCCAGACAAUGCCUUGCAUCCUUCCCGGGACAAAGCCCCUCCUCACAACACACUUUCUGAUGAACACAUUACUUGCAUCCAAGGUAUUCUGGAGGAUUUCCUGCAGCAGUACGGCAGUUUGAUCCCCAUCCACACAGAUGAGGUGGUGGAGAAGUUAGAGGACGUCUUCAACGAGAGCUUCUCUCAGCCCAACAGGAAGAUGGUGGUGCAACAGCAAAUUCAAUCCCACCAGCGGCUGUCUGGAACUGCCAUGGUACGAGGGUUCCGCGUAAACUACAAGCGGCACGUCCUGACCAUGGAUGACCUCAGCACGUUGUAUGGACAGAACUGGCUCAAUGACCAGGUCAUGAAUAUGUAUGGGGAUUUAGUGAUGGAUUCUGUGCCUGAGAAGGUUCAUUUUUUUAAUAGCUUUUUUUAUGACAAAUUGAGGACAAAAGGUUAUGAUGGUGUCAAGCGGUGGACAAAAAAUGUGGACAUCUUUCAGAAAGAGCUCCUGUUGAUUCCCAUUCACCUGGAGGUCCACUGGUCGCUGGUGUGUGUGGACGUCCCGCGUCGAGCUAUUACUUACUUCGACUCCCAGCGUACCCUAAACCGUCGUUGCCCCAAGCAUAUUGCAAAGUACCUGCAGGCAGAGGCUGUCAAAAAAGAGCAGAAGGACUUUCUAACUGGGUGGAAAGGCUUCUUCAAAAUGAAUGUGGCCAGGCAGAACAAUGACAGCGACUGUGGGGCCUUCGUUCUUCAGUACUGCAAGUGUUUAGCCCUGGGACAGCCGUUCAGCUUUGGCCAGCAGGACAUGCCAAAGCUGAGGAGACUCAUGUACAAAGAACUGUGUCACUGCAAGCUCUCUGUGUGAGACCGGGACAACCAAGCAAGGGAGCGCAAGGAGAGACCCAUCCAACCACUUUCACUUCCCAUCCAUUUUUUUUUUUUUGUAAAGCGUAUAUAUACAUUUUCCUUCCCUCCCAUUAUUCUCCCCCCCUCUACCCUUUCCUUUAAAAUCCUUAUUUUUUAAAUUUGUGGUUGAUUGAGGCCAACUGUACUUUUACCCAUUGUCUUUAGGGAAAAAGUACAACAGAGGACAUUCGUUCUGUGAGGAACUCUGAACUAUCACUAGCCAAUUUUCCACUGUAGGAACUGCUACAAGAGGCAAGCACUAGAACCACGAACCAAAAACAAAAUUGGCAGGGUAACUUUUUUUUUGGCAUCUCUUUUCACAUGGCCAGUCUUUGCUGUUCUUUUCCUUCCCCUGGCCCAAUCUGUAGAGAGAAUUAGAUUUUUAAUUUAAUCCAGUUGGCAGACAGACUACUGGGAAAAGUAGAAAAAUAGACCUUAGGUGUAUAACCCUUGAAAUUGCCUUUUUUGCCACAUUGAACACUGCAUAAAUGCCUUCUGUCAAUGUCCUACUGCCAGACUGUUUCCAUUUCAUAAAGCAGAGAGAUUAAAUAAGAUGUACUUUAUUAAAACCCAUGGGGAAAUUGGUUUGUCAAACAUAUAGCUUUAAACAGUCAUGGGCCAGCAGUAUGACACGUGUGGCUUAGAUACAUAGAAAACUACUAAUAAUCAGCUAUAAACUGAACAUGUGAUAUUCUUUGUAAAAUGAACAGCAACAAACAUGGCUCUUCAUUUUACUUAUCUAGAAACUGAAAAAACACAUGAUUUUUCACGUGAUUGGCUGUGUCUGGGGUGGCAACAACAAUUCUGCCCAUGGCCCUUGUUCUGUUAUCUGAACUCUUAUGGACCUACAGCUGCACAGUUCUACUUGCCUGGCUUUUCUUUGACUUGACAGGAGUAACCAUGGAAAAAGCAUUCAGAACCAGAACUUAUAUCUUGUUCCAGUUCCGAAAGUGGAAAAGCCUCUUCUGUUGGAGGUCGCCAAAUAGUUUUUUUUUUUUUUGUCUUAAUGUAACUGAUAAGCUGUGUUCACUGCAAAAGAUGGUGCAUAAAGAAAGAAUUACAUUUCUUUUUACAAAAUAAUAUCUGAAGAAGUAUUGUCAUAAUGGACCACAUCAGCUAUAUACAGGUUUUUUUUUUUUUUUUUGUUUUUUUUUGUUUCCUUUUUAUGUCAGUUUUUUGACUAUGGCUGCCGUAUCCGUAAAUUAUAUGUUGCUGGAUUAUGGAAAACAAUGGCCGAAGAUUCAAUUGUUUUUUAUCUUUUGAAUUGCAUACGUUGUGGUAUAAGUUGCAAAAAUAAAAGAACAAUUGAGACAUGAA